GCGCACAGCCUCCGGCCGGCUAUUUCCGCGAGCGCUUUCCAUCCUCUACCGAGCGCGCGCGAAGACUACGGAGGUCGACUCGGGAGCGCGCACGCAGCUCCGCCCCGCGUCCGACCCGCGGAUCCCGCGGCGUCCGGCCCGGGUGGUCUGGACCGCGGAGGGAAUGCCCCGGAGGGCGGAGAGCUGGGACGAGGCCGAGGUAGGCGCGGAGGAGGCAGGCGUCGAAGAGUACGGCCCUGAAGAAGACGGCGGGGAGGAGUCGAGCGCCGAGGAGUCCGGCCCGGAAGAGUCCGGCCCGGAGGAACUGGGCGCCGAGGAGGAGAUGGAGGCCGGGCGGCCGCGGCCGGUGCUGCGCUCGGUGAACUCGCGCGAGCCCUCCCAGGUCAUCUUCUGCAACCGCAGUCCGCGCGUCGUGCUGCCCGUAUGGCUCAACUUCGACGGCGAGCCGCAGCCCUACCCAACGCUGCCGCCUGGCACGGGCCGCCGCAUCCACAGCUACCGAGGUCACCUUUGGCUCUUCAGAGAUGCAGGGACACACGAUGGGCUUCUGGUUAACCAAACUGAAUUAUUUGUGCCAUCUCUCAAUGUUGACGGACAGCCUAUUUUUGCCAAUAUCACACUGCCAGUGUAUACUCUGAAAGAGCGAUGCCUCCAGGUUGUCCGGAGCCUAGUCAAGCCUGAGAAUUACAGGAGACUGGACAUCGUCAGGUCGCUCUACGAAGAUCUGGAAGACCACCCAAAUGUGCAGAAAGACCUGGAGCGGCUGACGCAGGAGCGCAUUGCACAUCAACGGAUGGGAGAUUGAAGAUUUCUGUUGAAACUUACACUGUUUCAUCUCAGCUUUUGAUGGUACUGAUGAGUCUUGAUCUAGAUACAGGACUGGUUCCUUCCUCAGUUUCAAAGUGUCUCAUUCUCAGAGUAAAAUAGGCACCAUUGCUUAAAAGAAAGUUAACUGACUUCACUAGGCAUUGCGAUGUUUAGGGGCAAACAUCACAAAAUGUAAUUUAAUGCCUGCCCAUUAGAGAAGUAUUUAUCAGGAGAAGGUGGUGGCAUUUUUGCUUCCUAGUAAGUCAGGACAGCUUGUAUGUAAGGAGGUUUGUAUAAGUAAUUCAGUGGGAAUUGCAGCAUAUCGUUUAAUUUUAAGAAGGCAUCGGCAUCUGCUUUUAAUGGAUGUAUAAUACAUCCGUUCUACAUCCGUAGUGGUUGGUGACUUGUCUGCCUCCUGCUUUGGGAAGACUGAGGCAUCCUUGAGGCAGGGACAAGUCUUUCUCCUCUUUGAGACCCCAGUGCCUGCACAUCAUGAGCCUUCAGUCAGGGUUUGUCAGAGGAACAAACCAGGGGACACUUUGUUAGAAAGUGCUUAGAGGUUCUGCCUCUAUUUUUGUUGGGGGGUGGGAGAGGGGACCUUAAAAUGUGUACAGUGAACAAAUGUCUUAAAGGGAAUCAUUUUUGUAGGAAGCAUUUUUUAUAAUUUUCUAAGUUGUGCACUUUCUCGGUCCACUCUUGUUGAAGUGCUGUUUUAUUACUGUUUCUAAACUAGGAUUGACAUUCUACAGUUGUGAUAAUAGCAUUUUUGUAACUUGCCAUCCGCACAGAAAAUAGGAGAAAAUCUGCAUGUUUGAUUGUAGUAUUAAUGGACAAAUAAGUGUUUGCUAAAUGUGAGUAUUUCUGUUCCUUUUUGUAAAUAUGUGACAUUCCUGAUUGAUUUGGGUUUUUUUGUUGUUGUUGUUUUGUUUUGUUUUUUUGAGAUGGAGUCUCUCUCUUGUCACCCAGGCUGGAGUGCAGUGGCGCCAUCUCGGCUCACUGCAACCUCUGCCUCCUGGGUUCACGUGGUCCUCCUGCGUAGCUGGGAUUACAGGUGCCUGCCACCACGCUGGCUGAUUUUUGUAGUUUUAGUAGAGACAGUGUUUCGCCAUGUUGGCCAGGCUGGUUUCAAACUCCUGACCUCAGGUGAUGCGCCCACCUCAGCCUCCCUAAAUGCUGGGAUUACAGGUGUGUGGGCCACCGUGCCUGGCUGAUUCAGCAUUUUUUAUCAGGCAGAACCAGGUGGCACUUCCACCUCCAGCCUCUGGUCCUACCAGUGGAUUCAUGGAGUAGCCUGGACUGUUUCAUAGUUUUCUAAAUGUACAAAUUCUUAUAGGCUAGACUUAAAUUCAUUAACUCAAAUUCAAUGCUUCUAUCAGACUCAGUUUUUUGUAACUAAUAGAUUUUUUUUUCCAUUUUUAUUCUACUCCUUCCCUAAUAGCUUUUUAAAAAAUCUCCCCUGUAGAGAAACAUUUGGAAAAGACAGAAAACUAAAAAGGAAGAAAAAAGAUCCCUAUUAGAUACACUUCUUAAAUACAAUCACAUUAGCAUUUUGAGCUGUUUCCUUUCAGCCUUUUUAGGGCAGAUUUUGGUUGGUUUUUACAUAGUUGAGACUGUACUGUUGAUACAGUUUUAUACCCUUUUUCAUUUAACUUUAUAACUUAAAUAUUGCUCUAUGUUAGUAUAAGCUUUUCACAAACGUUAGUAUGGUCUCCCUUUUAUAAUUAAUGUUUGUGGGUAUUUCUUGGCAUGCAUCUUUAAUUCCUUAUCCUAGCCUUUGGGCACAAUUCCUGUGCUCAAAAAUGAGAGUGAUGGCUGGCACGGUGGCUCCCGCCUGUAAUCCCAGUACUUUGGGAAGCCAAGGUAAGAGGAUUGCUUGAGCCCAGAACUUCAAGAUGAGCCUGGGCUCAUAGUGAGAACCCAUCUAUACAAAAAAUUUUUUAAAAUUAGCGUGGCAGCACACAUCUGUAAUCCUAGCUACUUGGCAGGCUGAGGUGAGAAGAUCAUUGGAGUUUAGGAAUUGGAGGCUGCAGUGAGCCAUGAAAAUCAGGCCGGGCAUGGUGGCUCACGCCUAUAAUCCCAGCACUUUGGGAGGUCGAGGUGGGCAGAUCACCUGAGGUCAGGAGUUCGAGACCAGCCUGGCCAACAUGGUGAAACCCCGUUUCUACUAAAAAUACAAGAAUUAGCUGGGUGUGGUGGCGCACGCCUGUAAUCCCAGCUACUCAGGAGGCUGAGGCAGGAGAAUCACUUGAACCCAGGAGGCAAAGGUUGCAGUGAGCUGAUAUCGCACCAUUGUACUCCAGCCUGGGUGACAGAGCGAUACUCUUGUCUCAAAAAAAAAAAAAAAGAAAUUCAAAUCAGAGUGAAGUGAAUGAGACACUCCACAGUUUUCCUUCUACUCCAAAUUUCAACUGAUUUUUGCUCCUCCUUUCAACAUUCAACAAAUAGUCUUUUUUUUUUUUUUUUUUUGAGAUGGAGUCUCGCUCUGUUGCCCAGGCUGGAGUGCAGUGGUGCGAUCUCUGCUCACUACAAGCUCUGCCUCCCGAGUUCAAGUGUUUCUCCUGGCUCACCCUCCUGAGUAGCUGGGAUUACAGGCGCCUGCCACCAUGCCUGGCUAAUUUUGUGUUUUUAGUGGAGACGGGGUUUCACCAUGUUGUCCAGGAUGGUGUUGAUCUCCUGACCUCGUGAUCCACCCACCUCAGCCUCCCAAAGUGCUGGGAUUACAGGUGUGAGCCACCGCGUCCAGCCGGCUUUAUUUUUUUUUUUAAAGCUGUAUUUGUGUCAAAAUGAUGGUUCAUGCUCCUCUUGUUAAAACAUGCAGGCCGAGCACGGUGGCUCAUGCCUGUAAUCCCAGCAUUUUGGGAGACCAAGGCGGAUGGAUCACCUGAGGUGAGGAGCUCAAGACCAGCCUGGCUAACAUGGUGAAACCUCAUCUCCACUUAAAAUACAAAAAUUGCCGGCCACAGUGGCUCACGCCUGUAAUCCCAGCACUUUGGGAGGCCUAGGCGGGUGGAUCACGAGGUCAGGAAAUCAAGACCAUCCUGGCUAACACGGGUGAAACCCCGUCUCUAUUAAAAAAUAGAAAAAAUUAGGCGGGCGUGGUGGUGAGCGCCUGUAGUCCCAGCUACUCGAGAGCCUGAGGCAGGAGAAUGGCAUGAACCUGGAAGGCGGAGCUUGCAGUGAGCUGAGAUGGUGCCACUGCACUCUAACCUGGGCGACAGAGUGAGACACCGUCUCAAAAAAAAACCAGAAAACAAAAAUUAUCCAGGCGUGGCGGUGGGCGCCUGUAAUCCCAGCUACUCGGGAGGCUGAGGCAGGCAAAUCUCUUGAACCCGGGAGGCGGAGGUUGCAGUGAGCCAAGAUCACAGCAUUGCACUCCAGCCUGGGAACAAGAGUGAAAUUCCAUCUCAAAAAGAAACCAAAAAAACGAAAAAACCAUGCCGUUUGAGUACUGUGUUUUUGGUGUUGUCCAAGGAAAAUUAAAAACCUGUAGCAUGAAUAAUGUUUGUUUUUCAUUUCGAAUCUUGUGAAUGUAUUAAAUAUAUCGCUCUUAAGAGACUGUGAAGUUCCUA